GAUGACAGAUUUGGGAAGAGCUGGUUGUCACCUUCCUCGUCAGAGUAGAAGAGAGAACAAAAAAACAAUUUCGUUAUGAAAGAGGAAAAUGGAAGAGAGAAAGGGAAAUGAGAAAGCUGAAGUGAAAGAGAGUGGAGGAGAAAGUAAAAGUGUGAGAGAUGGAAAGGAAAAGGUUUGACUUGACUUGGCUCCUCAAGUCUUGGAAACCCCUAUUUCUAAUCCCUUCUCCAAACCAACAAUUUCUGACCACUCAUUUUCAGUUUGGGUGAUGUGAAUCAAUGGGAAGACUUUGAACACAUUCACACAAAAUGUGCUUGGUGCACCAUAACGUUAUUGUCCCCCACUGACUUGAUCUUGGACAAUCUGAUACCCACAGUCACUUUGAUUACCAUCCCAACCGCAUUUCCCCGAAAGGAGCUUGAUACUCUUCCUAUUAUCAUUAUAUACCUCAUUCAUGAAGGUUUUAGACUUCAUUUGUGGAAUUGCCAACAAAACAAAAUAUAAGAAGAGGAAAGACUGUCACUUGGAUAUAUCGUUCAAGCUGGGUUUGGAUAUGGGACCUCCCCAUUCCUUCUAAGCUUAAGAUUUUUCUCUGGAAAAUUCUCAAUCGCAUCCUUCCUACAACGGAAGCUCUGCUCGAGAAGAAGGCUCAAGUGUUACCCUGAUGCCCGGUUUGCUGGGCUGAAUCAGAGACUAUGGAGCAUCUCUUUUUUGACUAUCUGUUGGCAAGGGCAAUUUUGGGAUCACGUUGGCCUAGAAUCUCUAGGCCAAGGACUCCCUCGCCAGCACUUCCCUCUUUUUCUUAAGAAGUUGAUGUUACUGCUUAAUCAACUCCAUUAGAGUAUGCUUAUUGUUGCGGCUCUCUGGCGGAUUUGGAAAUCUAGGAAUUGAGUUGUCUUUGAAGAAAAACAAUUCCGAGUUAUAGCGUUGAUAUGACAGUAUCAUCAACAAGUCCAGGAAUGGAUCGAUUUACCAGUUGGACAGAGUGACUUCAACGACACUCCCCAGAUUGAGAGUGCGACUGCUUCAAUCUCAGGCUCGGUUACUUGCAUGUGGGAUGGUGCAACAAGGAAUGGAUCACACUCGGCGGGGGAAUGAUUAUAAAGGACCAGAGUUGGUCAAUUGUCUUUACUCGGGGUGUCCAUAUCAAUUAUAUUGAUGAUCCACCAAUAGUGGAACUAUUAGUCCUCCGCGAGGCCAUCCAUUGGUUGGUGUCUGGAUUGUGGUCUCUAGCAAGUUCGGUUGGCAGGGGACCGGAAGGUGCUCAUUGAUAAGGUCAACUAGCCAGAUAAGCAAGAAAAUCUCUUUGGUGAGAUUCUUGGGGAAAUUCGUUGUUUGCUGACAUAUCAUAAUGGUCUUAAUGUACGAUUUGUAGGUCGGAAUAGUAAUAUGAUAGUCCACUUUGUGGUUAGAAAAGACAUUUCUUUAUGCUCUGCUACGUGUCGUUAUAUUGAUUUCCUUUUCUGAUUAUAUACCAAUGUGCUUGAUGUCUUUUUUUAAUCAAUACAAAAUUAUCUUUUGUCGAAGAAAAGGAAAGUCGGAUAGGGAAUCUUGGAAGGAGGCUGAAAAGGGCGGGAAAAUAGUAAGGUUUACAGCUUAUCAAUUGAACGGAGGAAGAAAAAAAAAACAGAAAAGUCGAGGAACUAGCCGGCAGAGGGAAAUAGGGAAUAGAUAGGUUGGGAGCUGGGGAAAAGGCAAGCGAAAAUCAAUGGAUGAAAGUAAUCUGAAGAUGGGAACCGGCGGGAUCAUAAGUCUGAACAAAAAUCAAGGCACGAAUUCCGGAGUUCCGGACCUCACCGGCGAGGUCCACCACCUGCCCUGCUGUAUCAAGUACGACGGCCCUUCCGACGUUUCCGACUACUUCAAGCCUAAAGCCACCGGGUUAGAAGUUGAUGGACUAGCAGAGCAGCAAGCGUAUUUCAGGGGCAGAAAGCUACAUGGUGUAGCGAUUCCCAUUCCAUCUGGCUAUUCUGGAUUUGUCUUGGGGAAGAAAAGUAUUGGCAAGAGGAAAGUUUCUGAUGUCAACUCUAACUGUUGGGAACCGAGUGCAAAGUUUGAGAAUAUAACUUACUGGAAUCACGACACUCUACCUUCACAAGAUGAUACGUUCAUUCGGUCUCUCCAUUGGUUAUCUGUUGCAGAAGCUCUACACAAGCCGGUGACGAUGGAAGACUUGGCUUCCACACCCAUUCCCAAGGAGUAAAAUUCGUGAGGGUUGAUCUACAAAUUUGGGGGACACAUUUGUUAAUCUACUUCUAUCUGCAUUGCUUGGUAGUUAAUGUUUGAUGAACAGCACUGAUAUUUUAGGAAGGGUGCGAUGAACCACUUCUGUGAUGUAAUAAUCUUUUCAGUGGAUAUUUUGAUAUGGACUGGACUCCUCGUUGCGGGUUGGAAAAUUGUUAGAUGGAUGGAACAAAGACCCGAGAAAUGCUGAUUCCUUUUCCAUUCUUCAGUAGUCUUUGUGAGAAGAAUCACAGAAGUGGAAAAAAAUACGAUUAUUCAUCCACGUGAGUGGAAUUCCAAUCUCUAAUGAAGUAAUUGGGAAUCUUCUCUUGACAGGAACUCAUGCAGGAUGCUUUUCUAGCCAACCAAUUGGAGAUUUUAAUUGAUUUAGGCUCUGUCUAUGUUUCUAGAAUAUUUGUUUUGAAAAGCGGAAAGUAAAGUGAUGUUUAAGGC